GACAAUACAGAGUAGGAGAUCAUGGACAACGAUGCAUACUACUAUUUGUUAGUAGCUCUUUUUCCCCUUGUAUACUUGAUGAUGAUCUAUAGAGGUUCCCUUAACUCUAGCAAUGGCGCUCUUCGGCUCCCUCCUGGCCCAUGGCAGCUCCCUGUCAUCGGCAGCCUCCACCAUCUCCUAGGCGCCCUGCCACACCGUGCCUUACGGAACCUCUCUCAACGCCAUGGGCCUCUCAUGCUCCUCAGGUUCGGCGAGGUUCCGGUGAUCGUCGCCUCCACGGCGGAAGCUUCCAAAGAGAUCACCAAGACGUACGACCACAUCUUCUGCACUAGGCCGCUGAGCGCGUCCGCCAAGGUCCUCAGCGAGCGCGGCAAGGGGGUCGCGUUCGCCCCGUACGGUGGCGAAUGGCGGCAGCUUCGUAAGAUCUGCAUCCUGGAGCUGCUCGGCGCCAGGAACAUCACUUCUUUCCGGCCCAUCCGCGAGGAGGAGGUGACCCGGCUCAUCCGGUCCAUCGUCGACGACUCAUCCGAGUCGUCGGAGGUGGUGAACCUGAGUAAGAUGCUCGCCACAUACGUGACGCAUGCGACGGUGCACUGCAUCAUGGGUGGCCGGUUUAAGGAGCACGACACGUUGCUACACUAUGUCGAUGAGGCGGUCGAGGUCGUCGGUGGCUUCACCUUGCCCGACCUGUUUCCAUCGUCGAGGCUAGUGCGCGCCCUCAGCGGCACGUUGCACAGGGCCGAGGUGUUUCGAGACUCCGUGCUAGCGUUCAUUGGACACGUCAUCGAUGAGCAUCUCGACAGGAGAUCCUCGGAGGAAGCACACCAGGAACAAGACAUCAUCGAUGUCCUCUUGAGGAUCCAGAGAGAUGGCGACCUUCAGUUCCCCCUCACCAUGGACAACCUCAAAGUGGUGAUUUUCGAUCUUUUUGCCGCGGGGAGCGAGGCGCCAGCUACAAUUCUACAGUGGGCCAUGGCGGAGUUGAUGCGAAGGCCGAGCACCAUGUCUAGGGCACAAGCUGAGGUCAGGGGAGCAUUCAUGGGGCAAAAGAAGGUAACCGAGGAGGGUCUAGGCGAGCUGAGCUACUUGCAUUGUAUCAUCAAGGAGACCUUGCGAUUGCACCCACCUGGGCCAUUCUUGCUGCCCAAGCAGUGCCAGGAACAGUGCAAAAUUCUCGGCUACGACGUGCCCAAAGGCACUACGGUCCUGCUGAAUGCUUGGGCUAUCUCUAGGGACCCGGAAUACUGGGACGAACCGGAUGCAUUCGUUCCGGAUAGAUUCUUGGCUAGCGCGACAGACUAUAAAGGCAACUGCUUUGAGUUUAUACCGUUCGGCGCCGGGCGUCGGAUUUGCCCUGGGAUGCUGUUUGGGAUCGCCAUUGCGGAGCUUGCUCUCGCAAGCCUUCUUUUUCAUUUCGAUUGGACUCUCCCAGAUGGCACUUCUCCUGGUGAUAUUGACAUGACAGAGACCAUGGGAAUCACUGCUAGGAAGAAGGAGGAUCUGCAGUUGCAUGCGACUCUCCACCUACAGCCUGCGGAAACUUAG